UAAUCUUUGGCAGUGCAAUGCUCACGGUCAGUUCGGAAGUGCUGCCGUCUUCAACUUCCGAAGUUUCCGGUUUCCGGAUGAUGCUCAACGCCUACAGACAGUGUUCGGACCAAUCGGAAAUGGUCGUGUGCCUGAAGAGUCGGGCGCUCAGAAUGCUGGACAGAGCCAUUCAUAUGGAAAACAUUCAAAUAGCCGACGGAAUAUCUCURGUGAAGAAAUCUGAAAACAACGGCAGAUCGUUGGAGGUGGACAACAGUGAUGUGGCUGAAAAUGUGAUACCCGAGAAUUCAGCCGAAUUCGGUAAACAAGUGGACUCAAUGUUAUACGAAAAACUGUCCAGGUUCGCUAGGUCCAGAUCGCUUCAGCUGUCCAUGCCACAGAUGUUCGACGAAGGCAGAGAUCUCGAUGACGGUGUGUACUUGACUG